CCAUCUUUCACAACACAAACGUCGCCCAUUUACGCACACACACGUGUCUCUCAUCAAGGCAGACCCCCCCCCCCCACACACACACACCACGCAAAUGAAUCGAUCACGCAUUCACUUGCACUCCUGCACCUCUCGCCGGAAGUCUUGUUUGCUCUGUCCGAAGCCAAAACGAGGCUGUUUCUCCUCAGCAGCUGCCCUGCUCCGCUCGCCCGGCCCCCUCUCCUUCCCGCCAUCCGCCUGACGCCUAAGGAACUCCGACAAGGUGGGGGUCCGCCCGUUGCUUGCGCUGCCCGCGUCUCGCCACGCAGACACCCCCACGUUAAGCAGAGUGAGAUGGAACACCGCUCCCCCCCUCCCCUCGACAGCUGACUGGCCCGUCCACACAGGCUCGUCCGCGGCAGUGGGCUUGGCGGCAGGUGCGACGAUGUGCUGGUCAAGCAGCUUCUUCGCCUCCUGCUCGAUGGCCGAGCCGAUGGCAGCAGGGGAGGGGGGCAGCGGGAUGCCAUACAGAGGGAGGGGGGCGGCCCGCGAGUGGCGGCCGGAGUAGCCCAUGCCUCGGAGGCGCCAGCUCAGCACCACGUUGGUGGGGAGUCGGUGGUGCUCGGCAUAGUCGUCGGACAGCCGCUGGGACAGCUCAGCCACGAGAGCAGACAACACCCUGAGAAAAAGACAAAACCCGGGUAAAUUCGAGAUCGCCCUGCUUUCGGCAAGCAUACCUCAGCGCUUGUUCGGGCGUGGUAACCUCCCCAUCUCUCAGGGAGUCCUCACAGCUGAGUGACUUAGGCGGCCCCCCCUCCUGCACCGGCUCGUUGCCCCCGUCUGUAGCGCGUUCCUUAAGUACAGUUGCGACCUUGACCGACCCCAGCAGCCGCACCAGAUCACCGACAGACCUCGAAGCUAGCUGCCCGAGUGUCUGCACCAACACACACAUAGGGGAAAGAGUCGAAUGUGAGGUGCGUGCUUCGGGGGUUGCCUUACGGUGAUGCCGCCCUCUGUCAGUGUCUUCUCGUAUGUGCCUCCGAUGCCCGGCAGCUUGCGCAAAGGCAGUGGCGCCAGGAAGUCCCUGCAAGUCAUACACAGCACGUUGACCACUUUGGUUGGCCCUGUUCACGAGUGUCGUCAGUUCAGUUCACUUUGGCCACCUGACAGCUGAGGGCAGGAUGGUAGUCUGCAUGUUCGGCUUGUGCAAACCUGAAGUAAUCACACAGACGACGAAGGCAAUGCAACACCAAUCAGAUAAGUCAUCCAUACGUCCAUCCAUCCACCGCUCUUGCCAUGCGAUCCUUCUCACCUGCCACCAUCUUGGACACUGGCUUGUUAGGCCCUACUCCCCCGCAGCAGGUCAGCCCCAGCCUCGUGUGGAUCCGAUCGCGGAUCUCUUUGGCGAUGAUCGACGCUAUCUUGUGCCGGCGAAUGGUGCCGAGAGCGUUCGACGGGUGCGGCGGGGUCUCAUAUGAAGUCGGCGGCCAUUCGGGCACCGGGAGGCCUAGAGGACCGAGCAGAUGGGGGUCCAUGUCAUACCUACAACCAACCAACGCAACAGCAUCAGCGUACACACACAUGUGCGGCUGUGGUUCUGUUCUCCUUUGCUGGCCCACCCGAGAUAGGGCCCCUCCUCAUCUUCACUGUCCGAUUCGUCCGGCGGAGGGCCCUCCCCAUCGCUCUCCCCACCGCCAGCCGCAGUCUCGUCCCGCCGCCUCUUCUUCUCCCGCAUGUGCGAUAUCAGCACGUCGCCCCACCGCCGCUUGCGGCCCCCCAGCAACGUCUCAUCGUCAGAGCUGCUCGGCUCGCCCACCACAUGGCCUUCAAACAACAGCAGGCUGUUCUCGGUGAUGGCCCGUAGCCGCACCGCAUCGCUGAUGUCGAUGAAGAACUCGUCAAGUGCAAGCUUCUCAACGGGGGGCGGGGUGCCCCUCGGAGAGCGUGUGACACUCUUCCAGGUCUCGGGCGCUUUGAGCAGAGUCUCCACACGAGCGUUAGCCUCGCGGAAGGGGCGAAGGUUCUCACCGUUGAAGAGGAUGAGGUCGGGGCAGACCCGCAGCGCCUCAGUGAUGGGUGUUAGCUUCUUCACACCUCUCCGCCGAGCCACAUAGUUGCACGUGAUCACCUGUGUGUAGACCAAAGCACAGGGAACAAUUGAAUGAACGAUCUGCAGUGGGCACUUCGGCAAAUGCGCACCAGGUACUUCUGUGUGACUCCCACGGGCUUGUCUGCAAGAGCCUUUGGGUCUGUCUGAAUGAACACCUGGAGGAGAAACCACAGCAGGGCUUGAUGUGAUGAACCACCGCCAACCAAGAAGAUCCUGAAGUUUCAUUGGCACCUGUGCAUAGAAGCAGUCGAAGUCAAGAUGCAGAACCACCCUGCCCUCCCUGCCGUCUUCCUCUUUCACCAU